UCCUAUUUUGUACUAUUAGGAUUGCCUUGGGCGAUGGUAGUGGGCGCACGAUUGCAUUUCGAUUCGAAACAACCGGUGCUCACUCAAACUGGGGGAAAGCCUCAAACUGUCCCCUUGCGAAUUUUCACUCGGACGAUAAAACGAACCCCUAACUCGGCCUAAAUAGGGAUGAUUAGAUACAUCAAUCCCAAGGAGUGUUCUUCCUCGGAUAUUGAUAGUGGGAUAAGGGAACAGGAAUACAAAGAAGAGCUGCCAAGCGAAGACGAAUGGAAGCACAUGGUUGAACUGUUCGAACACGAAAUUCYCGAAGAAUUCCAAGUGUGCCCCGACCCUGCUCGAAGCUUCCACGUGGAUUCAAGAGACAGCGCGCUUGCGCCUCCGCCAGAGGCGAUUUCGGCGAUCCUUGCCCAGGUGGGACCAAGCGGACUCGAGAGUGUGGUGGAGUACGCCUCCAAAUCGGUGCCAGCUUGCAAGCGCAACUACGCCGCUCCGACGGGGGAAUGCUACGCGGCUCUCUGGGGAAUCAGCCACUUUCGCGCUUACCUGUACGGGCGAAAGUUCACCUUGGUAAGUGAUCAUGAGCCCCUGUUGGCUCUGAAGAAAUCGAAGGAUUACUCUGGCAUGAUCGGGCGAUGGGCAACGGUGCUGCAGAGCAUGGACUUUGACAUUCGUCAUCGGAAGCACGAGAGACAUGGGAAUGCGGACGGACUGACACGACUGCACCGGCCUGAGAAGGUUCCGAAGAGUGAGGAGCCGGGGCGCCGCCAGCUGAUUGCGCAGGAGCUCAUCGCACCGAUCGUGCAAUUGGCGGACGAUCUCUCGCCCGACAUCUAUUUACAGAGUGACGACAACCCUGCUCCAUACAUUUUCGAGCGAUCAUUGGAUCCGUACCUUCAGUGGACUGCGUGCUUGGAGGAACCCAGGGAAGAGGAUACGCUACGAUUGCGGCAGGAGUAUCUUAAGCCGUACGAUAUCAUCCCUCACGCCUUUUAUCCAAGGGCGGAGGAAGUGGUGAUCGACGAUGACGAAGAAGACGAGGACGAGGAAACAUCGGAGGAGGGAAGCUAUAGUGAACAUAGCGAGGGCGAGCUGAGCGAAGGAGAAGAGGAGGAAGAAGAAACCGGAUCUAAGUGGGAAGCCUUGCCGGAGGAAGUGACGCGUACGGGAACGGAGGCGGAAGAUCCGGAAGCGGCGCGAAAGCACGAAGAAAUUGCCACCGGGAAGCGCCAGCUGGAGUUCGCCAGCGAAGCUAGCCUGGGCAUCGGUAACGAUCCGACCAGGGAUCCGGAGCUGCCGAAGCCCGAAGAUGGCGACCCUGCAGCCGCCACCUCAAGUACCGCGCGACGGAGACAGAGCCGAUCCCCCUCCUCCUCCAGCCCCACCCGUCCCCCAGUUCACCCACGUACCGAUGCGGGCGAUAGGCCUUCGUCCUCGGACGCUGUCCCGCCGACCCCUUGAUUUCCUCACCCUCGAGCACAUCCGUACCCCCGUCACCUUCCCUUUCCAUC